GAAUUUUCCUAUACUAACUGGAGCGUAAUCGUAUCCCACUUCAUCGCCCCAGUUUACCACUAUAAAUAUCCAUCUUUGGGUUUACCAAUCGCUGGCUGCUCGAGAGGAAAAGAUCAUCCAGAUCGGAGAGGGGGUCACCUGAGAACACAGAAAACAAUGGUGAAGGCUGUCGCUGUGCUCAAUGGAAGUGAGGGCGUGAAGGGCACCGUCUUCUUCACCCAAGAAGGGGAUGGCUCAACCACUGUAACUGGAAGUGUCUCUGGCCUUAAGCCUGGGCUUCAUGGCUUCCAUGUUCAUGCUCUCGGUGAUACCACCAAUGGCUGUAUGUCCACUGGACCUCAUUUUAAUCCAGCUGGAAAGGAGCAUGGGGCUCCUGAAGAUGAGAUUCGCCAUGCUGGUGAUCUUGGAAAUGUGACUGCAGGAGAAGAUGGAAAUGUCUGUUUUACUAUUGUUGAUUGCCAGAUUCCCCUCACUGGACCAAAUUCUGUCAUUGGGAGGGCUGUUGUUGUCCAUGCUGAUCCUGAUGAUCUUGGAAAGGGUGGACAUGAACUCAGCAAAACCACUGGAAAUGCUGGCGGAAGACUUGCUUGUGGUGUCAUUGGACUCCAAGCCUAAGUUGCUGGUUCUGAGAUCUUGAGAAUGUCAUGUACCUUGAGAACAUCAGAGUACCUUCUUAUCGUUUCUGCCAUAAUGAGAUACUUUGAUUAAUAAAUUAAGGAUUCUGGUUGUGUUCAAACAAUAUUUUGUGUUGAUACCUAUCUUGUUCUGUCAUAUGAUCUUCAGAAAUGGAUGCAAUUGUGUGGUCUUUCCCCAUUAA